GCCGCCACCAGGUUGUCCUCCAGCUCCCUCGGCGCUCUACUACGUGGCCCCACAAGACCCCGAGUGACCCUCGGGACGCCUUCAUUGACCCGUGUCCCCACCCGGCUGAGAUUCAGUUGAACGUGGAAGGGAAUUCACUUGGCGCGCCCUCAGCAACCCUGAAAUCUGAAGUCCUAUCCUGGGCAAGGGACUCGUCUGGUACUCGGGAGAAGGAAACGCGGCGAGGCAGACUGGCGAUGCAGCUCGAGUGCUUAACAACCUCCGGAGCGUUGCUUUAGUUUUGUUUUCCCGCACAGCGAGCUCUGUGUCUUUUGGAAGAAGGUAAAGGUGGUGAAAGCUCCAGACUAGACUUGUGUCGAAAUGGCCACAGAAAUCGACUUUCUGAGAGAUCAAAAUCAAAGACUAAAUGAAGUUCUUAGGCAGUAUCAAAUGGAAAAUUUUUCCAAAUAUUCAUCUAUACAGAAUGCUGUCAUCAAAGGAGAUGGAGAUGACACAUCAGAAAACUCAGUAGUUGACCAAAGCCUUUUAGCGCCUUUUAUUACUGAGUAUGAUAAACAACGGGAAGAGCUAAACGGGCAGCUGAAAUAUUAUCAG